CUUCAUUCGCAUUGCUUCUGUCUUCACGGUUUUGAAUGGUGAAUGUGUUUACAAAUUUUUUGGAUUAUUUUCGGCGUUUUUAGUGUAGUGCAAAUGAACGGGGGUUUAAGAAUAAAGGAAUACGAUGUUUCCUCUCAAACCUUGAUUAGUAAAUCCAAAUCAUAAAAAUAUGCAGGCUCCAACGUCCAUGACGGUGGUGGAUCCGCACACCACCCAAAUGAAUCAGUUCAGGAGCUAUGUAACCAUGCUGGGGGACCCUAACUGCAAGGACGCCCUUAAGCUGAAAGCCACGCAAGAAAUAAGCAAGAAUUUUGAGAUUAUUUUAAAAUCACCUCUAUAUCCCAGCUUUUUGGAACAUUCUGUGAAAGUGUUUUUAAAAAUACUAGAAGAUGGCGAUCCUCAUUUUAUAGCAGAAUAUAAUAUACAACAGGUUCGAAAGUUGAUUUUGGAAAUGCUUUAUCGUUUACCCACAAAUGAACAGCUUAGAGAUUAUGUUAGACAAAUUUUGUUAUUAAUGUUGAAACUUCUUGAAGUUGAUAAUGAAGAAAACGUUUUAGUUUGUUUGAAAAUUAUCAUAGAGUUACACAAACAAUACAGACCAGUGUUUAGUGUAGAGAUACAAAGAUUUCUUAGGUUUGUCAAAACCAUUUACUCGGAACUGCCGAAUCAUAUGAAUAAAAUAUUUGAGCCCAGGGCUCCUAUAAAAGUUAAGGAUUUGAGCGAGUUAAAUAUAGAAGAACUUCUCAAGGAAACUUUUACAAUGACCACCAUACAAACGGAAAAAAGAAACAAGGACGGAAAUUUAAUAGCUUAUUACCUCAUUCCCAAAGCAGUCCUCAGCCUGAAAGUCCUACAAGAACUCCCAAUCAUCGUCGUUCUAAUGUACCAACUGUACAAGCAAAGCGUCCACCAAGACGUCAGCGACUUUAUCCCGUUGAUCAUGAACACAAUCACAUUGCAACCCACGCCGGAGCAAAGACUCGCCGACUCUUUCAACAAGGAAAUUUUCGUGGAUUUCAUGGGCGCCCAGAUCAAAACCCUCUCCUUUCUGGCCUACAUCAUCAAGUUGUACCAGGAGGUUGUGCAGAACCAUUCGGCGAUGAUGGUGCAAGGCAUGCUGGGCUUGUUGACCCUCUGUCCCAUGGAGGUUGCCCAUCUAAGAAGGGAGUUACUUAUUGCCGCUCGGCAUAUAUUGGCUACUGAUUUGAGGAACCAGUUCGUUCCGCAUAUGGAACGCCUUUUCGACGAAGACAUACUGCUGGGGCGCGGGUGGACCACGCACGAGUCACUUCGCCCCCUGGCUUACUCAACCCUUGCCGAUCUGGUGCACCACGUUAGGCAGCAGUUGCCCCUUUCGGAUCUCACCAGGGCGGUGCACCUUUUCAGUAAAAACGUGCACGACGACAGUCUUGCUACAACGAUUCAAACGAUGUCGUGCAAGUUGCUGUUGAAUCUUGUGGACUGCAUAAGAAUAAGUUCGGAAAACAGUAGCGAAGGCCGAGAAUUGUUGAUGCGAAUGCUGGAAGUUUUUGUGUUAAAAUUUAAAACCAUUGCCAAAAUUCAGUUGCCUAUUCUUGUUAGUAAAUGCGAGCAACGUCAACAACAAAUCCGGCAGAAUAUUCAACAAGCGCAACAACAACAGCAACAAGCUGCGGCUUCGGGCGAAGCUGCGGGCGGCACUCAACCGAUCAAAACGGACCAACCGGAAACGAAACCGAAUCCGGCCGAGAUACUGGAGGUGGCGCUGGCAACCACGCAAGGUCACCCCGGAGGCGCGCCGCAAAAAGAGGAGAAAUCCAAGUUCGGUUUCCCGCAAAACAACAAUUACAACGUAGCCGAUUACAGGAGUCUCGUAAAGACGCUGGUGUGCGGCGUCAAGACGAUAGCGUGGAAUUGUCCCUCCUGCAAGGUAAAGACUACAACCGGACAAGCUUUAGUGGCGUCAAAACAUUUUCAACCUCACGAAACUUUAGUUUUUGUGCGACUAGUAAAGUGGGCCUUAAAAGCUUUGGAUAUUUAUACAUUAAACGUUUCGCCGCCACAAGGUCCGCAAAGGUUGAACCAACAGAAUGUCCGAACGAAGGAGGAAAAGGAAGUUUUGGAACAUUUUAGUGGAGUGUUCUCAACCAUGAACCCCCAAACUUUCCACGAGAUCUUCUCCACGACCAUCGAGUACCUAGUGGAACGCGUGUACAAGAACCCGACUCUUCAAACGGUCCCCAACACCCUGCUUGCCAACCCCGCCACCAGCCCGAUAUUCGCCACAGUUCUUGUCGAAUACCUGCUCGAGCGGAUGGAGGAGAUGGGCUCGAACGCCGAACGCAGCAGCUUGUAUCUAAAGCUGUUCAAGCUGGUGUUUGGGAGUGUGUCGCUUUUUGCGCAAGAGAACGAGAACAUGCUCAGGCCGCAUCUUCACCAGAUUGUCAACAGAUCCAUAGAUUUGGCUAUGAGUGCUAUGGACCCCUACAACUAUUUCCUCCUGCUGAGGGCUUUGUUCAGGUCCAUAGGAGGGGGUAGCCACGAUCUGCUCUACCAGGAAUUCUUGCCGCUGUUGCCAAACCUAUUGGAAGGCUUAAAUCGUUUGCAGAGCGGCCUGCACAAGCAACACAUGAAGGAUCUCUUUGUCGAAUUGUGUCUUACAGUGCCUGUAAGACUGAGCUCGCUGUUGCCAUAUUUACCUAUGCUUAUGGAUCCGCUUGUCUCAGCGUUAAAUGGAUCCCAUGUUUUGAUUAGUCAGGGCCUAAGAACGUUAGAGCUAUGCGUUGACAAUCUGCAGCACGAUUUCCUCUACGAGCACAUCCAACCGGUCAGAGCCGACCUGAUGCAGGCUCUGUGGAGAACUUUGCGCAACAACGACCAGGUGGCGCAGGUGGCGUUCAAGGUUCUGGGCAAGUUCGGCGGCGGCAACCGCAAAAUGAUGAUCGAAGCGCAACGCUUGGAGUACAUAUCGUCCGAUUACGACCCGCCGGCUAUUUUGGCCAAGUUCGAGGAACGCGACCAAACCAUCGAGUUCCCCGUGCAAAAGGUCAUCGAGACGGCGUUCAACGCGCUGAAACAAAGCAACACCGAUCCUUUCUACAGAAAGCAGGCGUGGGAGGUGAUCAACAGCUACUUGACUGCGUCGCGAAAUUUGAACGACGACAAGACCACCCUGAUCAAGCUGUUCCUGCACCCGAGCUUCCAGGACCCGAAAACGAUACCGCAAAUCAAGGGGUCGACGUACAAAUCGAUAUACAAGCAGGCCAGGGAGACGCAUCAAACCGCUCUGACAGGAAUGUUCAUUGGAGCUGCCAUCAAAGAACUAAGACAAUCCGUCAUCCACGUAUUAUUUUCCGUAGUAAGGCACUACACCAUGGUCGCUGUUGCGCAACAAUCUGGCUGUUUUGCGUACUCUCCACGUCCAAACAAGCAAGUGGCUCUGGACCCGCUAGUGUUGGUGGACGCUUUAACUAUCAUCAUGGGGCACGAGGAACGCGAGCUGUGCAAACCCGGCCAACUGGGAUUACAUCUUAUUGUGGAUACCGCCACGGCUUUGCUGGGCAGCCAAGAGAUGGCGUGUCGACUGCCGCUGAUCGAGUACCUUUCCGAGAAAAUGUGCUCCUUGUGCUACGAGCGGGCGUGGUAUGCCAAGUUGGGAGGUUGCAUUGCGAUCAAGUUCAUGUUCGAACGUUGCGCCAUUAAGUGGGUGUACGAGCACAUGUUCACCUUCCUUAAGGCUCUUCUGUUUGUCAUGAUGGAUUUGACGGGAGAAGUGUCGAACGGCGCCCUCGACAUGGCCAAAGACAAUCUGAAGAGGAUGCUGUGCGUGCUGGUGGCGCCACCAGCCGAGACGGCCGAUCAACAAACUAGGGAUUUGCAGAACGAGGCUUUGCACAAGGUGACCCACGAGCUGGUGCGCCAAGUGACCAGUCCGCACAACAUGGUGCGCGAGCAGUCGAUGGCCUCGCUGCGGCUCUUGGCGGAGAAACAGGGUAAAAACGUGACGGCCGUGAUGGAACCUUUCAAGGACGUGCUGACCGACAUGGUGCCGCCCAAAAAACACCUGUUGCGUCACCAGCCGGCCAUCGCCCAGAUGGGCCUGAUGGAUGGGAACAUGUUCUGCACCACUCUCACGCCCAGAUUGUUCACGAUCGAUGUAAAUAUAAAGGAACACAACAACUUCAUUGACGAUCUGAAAGCUCUGUGCGACACCGAGGACGCCAAGCUGAACACGUUCUCCUGCUACAAAAACAUCACGAAUUUCAUUCCUCUGAAGUCGAGCGCUUUGCGCGUGCUCUCAGCUUGCCACUACAUCGAGAGCCAGCGCGAACCCAUUUUCCAGGUGCUGUACAGGGCGUUGGAGAAACCCAACACGGAGCUUCAAGAGACCGCGUUCCAGUGCAUCAAGGACUUCAUUUCUGGCUACACCAUCGAGACCGAGUUUGUUAAAACUAUAGUAAGACCUUUACUUUGGACCCUAGGAGAUGUGAAAAAUUUGACUCUGAACCGCGUCAAAAUGCUUUCCUAUUUGACGCAACUAUUUCCCUUAGUUUUCAACGAAAAACUAUGCGAACAACUUUUGGACAUUUUGCAGAAAAUGCUUGAAAACCUCACGGCGUCACAUAAAAAUGGCACUUAUGGUCAAUAUAUUUGUUCGAUAAAUUCCCAAAAAAUAUUUUUUAAAGGUAUAUCGAAGAAAGGCGACGAAGAGCAGAAAAUCGUUACCAUAAUCAGCAUCUUCCAUCAGACGCCGGCCGCGUCGUCCAAAUUUAUCAGCCAACUGUGCCAGUUGAUACUGCAGAAAGAGCAGGCCAUGCUGAUCGAGGCCAGCAGUCCCUUCCGGGAAGUUCUCAUGAAGUUCCUGCUGAGGUAUCCGGACGAAACGCUGGAUAUGUUCUUGGAUGAUAACUACAUAAAGGAAAAGCAGUACAGUCGUUUCCUCGAGUACCUGCUCAAGCACAAGGACGGCAAGCUGUUCAAGGAGCACCUGAUCCAGCACAAGCUGAAACGCAUCAUAGCCAUGUCGAUGUCGAACAUCGACGUGAACCCGGCCAUACCUGUGACGCAUCGCAACGAAACGCAGUUCCAGGCGAUCAAGAUCAUCACCGCGCUCACCAAAGAGGACGACAUGUGGCUCAACAACCAGCCCGAGCUGCUGGUGGCUUUUAGAAGGAUUUGGUGCGACGACACGUAUCAUGCAAGACAUAAGAACGUGGAACAUUUGGAAUACACCCAUUGGCGGGAACCAAAAUUACUGGCGAAAAUAUUGCUCAAAUUUUUCGUACAUUUUCCGACGGACAUCGACUUGCUUUUCCAAUUAUUGAGAGCUUUUACAGAAAGAUUUAUUCCCGAAUUCCAGUUCCUCAAAGAAUUCCUGGAAAGCACGGUCGCUCAAAGCUACACCGUCGACUGGAAGAGACAGGCCUUUUUCCGUUUCGUGGAGCUGUUCCCGACGAACGAGAUGUCGCAAGAGCUCAAGUCCAAGGUUCUGCAGCUGAUUUUGAUACCCAGCUUCGCGCAGAGCUUCGAAAAAGGCGAAACCAACAAGCUGGUCGGCGGUCCGCCGAUGCCCUACCAGGACAGCAGCGACAACGUCGUGUCGGUGUUCAUUAAUAAGCUAAUCGACCCGGACAAUCCGUUUCCGUCGGCGGACUGCGUCCGCAUCUCCCUCCUCCAGUUCUCGUGCUUGCUCGUCGAGCAGGCCUCGCCGCACAUACACGACCACGACGCCAACAACAAGACGCAGGGCUUUAAGCUGCGCAGGCUGAUGACGUUCGCGUGGCCCUGCCUGCUAGUCGAAAACUGCGUCGAUCCGGCAACACGGUACCACGGCCACCUGCUCCUUUCGCACAUCAUCGACAAGUUCGCGAUACACAGGAAGAUCAUACUGCAAGUAUUUCACAGCCUGCUGAAAGCGCACGCCGUGGAAGCGAGGAACGUGGUGAGGCAAGCGCUGGAGAUUCUGACCCCGUCUAUGCCGUUGAGAAUGGACGAGGGCAUGCUGACGCACUGGACCAAAAAAAUAAUCGUUGAAGAGGGUCACUCCAUGCAACAGCUAUUCCAUAUUUUACAGUUGGUUGUCAAACACUACAAGGUUUACUACACUGUACGACAUGAUCUAGUUGAGCAUAUGGUGAAUUCUAUUCAGCGGUUAGGCUUUAGCCCCACCGCCACACUGGAACACAGAAAAUUGGCCGUCGAAUUGGCCGAAGUUAUAAUUAAAUGGGAGUUGUAUGGUAUCAAGGAAGAAUCCGAAAAUACAGAGACUGUUGAGAAUGUUUCUCAAAAACGCCCGUUUCCGGUCAGCGACCAGGAGCAAGAGAUGAGAAAGAAAAUAAGUAUCUCGCAACCGGGAACUUCGACCCAAAUCGGUGUGCCGGUCAUCAAAACCGAACCUGGAUUGGAUCCCGCGGCCAUUGAAAAAAUCCACAUCGAAACUGUGUUAAACUUUUUACUGCGACUGGCUUGUCAGGUAAACGAUCCCGCGUCUACCAACCCGCAAAACCAAACCACAGCGAGCCCAGGCGAACUUUUAUCGCGCCGUUGCGUGGUAUUACUGAAAACCGCCCUCAAGCCGGACCUGUGGCCGCAACCUGUCGAUUUGAAACUAGCCUUCUUCGAUAAAAUACUGCUCACCGUCGAAACUCCCAAUCCGAACAUCGCGAACGUGUGCACUGCGCUGGAAUUGCUGACCUAUUUGCUAAACGUGCUGAAAAAAGAGCAGAUUCUGGCCAGUUUCAAGUCGCUACAGAAGGGAAUUGGUGCUUGCAUUCAAUCCCAAAACAACAAAAUAAUCAAUUUGGUGCAUGCUUUGUUAACCAAAUUGAUGUCCAUGUUUCCCAUGGAAAGAACAAACCUGAAUUCGACAUGCAAAAAUGAUGAACUAGAAACUUUGUACUUCACUGUUGGAAAGGUCGUUUCCGAUGGAUUAAGCAACUUUGAAAAGAAGGAGAAUCCAUCCAAUCUAUUUGGCACUGUUAUGAUUUUAAAGGCAGCAUGCGCAAAUAAUCAUUCGUACAUUGACCUGUCCAUCACACCAUUCAUGAUGGUUUUGCAUAGGUUAGCCAAGGAGCACCUUCAACCACAAUCUACCGAAAAUGCAGCUUUGACCAGCGAGUUGCUCAUACUAUGUUUGGACUUGGUAAAGACCCGUGUUGUGGUGAUGGGUGUUGAUAUGAGAAAAACCUUUAUUGGUACAAUUUUAGUGGGUCUUAUCGAAAAAACGCAGGAUAAUAAUGUUAUGAAAGCAAUAACAAAGAUGUUGGAAGAAUGGAUGAAAUGCAAGAGCAUAGUGACGGUAAAUCAGGCACCAAGUUUAAGGGAAAAAUCUAUUUUACUCGUUAAACUGAUGCAGUAUGUUGAAAAACGCUUCCCUGACGAUAGCGAGUUAAAUGCGCAAUUUUUGGAACUCGUAAACUACGUUUACACUGAUAAGCAGCUAAAGACUACAGAACUGACUUCGAAACUCGAGCCGGCCUUUUUGGCAGGUUUGCGCUGCAGCCAGCCGCUUAUUAGAGCGAAGUUCUUUAAAGUUUUUGAUGAGAGUAUGAGAAAAAGACUCCACGAUCGGUUGCUGUACAUAGUGUGCUCCCAGAACUGGGACGCAAUAGGUCCGCACUAUUGGAUUAAACAGUGCAUUGAGUUGCUUCUCGUAACUGCCACAAAGGGUGCUCCUAUUGAAAUGUCCCACGAAAGUUCCAUAUUGCCAAGCAUCACUGCUGUUAUAAAUUCUGCUGACAAGCAGAAGAAGGACGAUUUUCAGAUGUAUCAGUUGCAAAACCCACUGCUGUACGAGUCAAUGGAGAUUAAGGAAGAGGUUCUCGACAUGGACCUGACGGUGGACCCGAGCUCCGCAUCGACCUCGAACAGCAACGGCACGUCGCAACCGAUCAAAGAAGAACCUCCCGCGUCCCGCGCUGAAACCGUCUCGAAGAUGAUAAAGAAGCACUUCGAGUUCAUCGAGGUGUCGCGGAACGUGUGCUCCGACCAGUUUUUGGUCGCGGCCGCGCAGCUCUGUCACAUGGACACCGCGCUGGCCGAGCAGGUGUGGCUCGCGCUCUUCCCCAAGCUGUGGAAGAUUCUCGAGGACGAGCAAAGAAAUCCUUUGGUGCAAGAAAUCCUACCGUUUGUCACUUCUGGCACCCAUAUCGUCCAAAAAGACUGUCAUCCAAGCGCCAUCAACACGUUUGUAGAGGCUUUGUGCAGAUGCACCCCACCAAUGCAGAUAGCCCCACCCUUGAUGAAAUACAUUGGAAAAUCUCACAACCUAUGGCACAGAAUGGCUCUUGGUCUUGAACAAAUGGCAUUUGACAGCAACACUAUAAAAACUGUCAACCCCAGUACCAGUUAUGAUAACGAAAAUGAGCAAAAUAAAAAUGAACUGUUCGAUUCCCUCGGCGAGCUGUACUCGCUUCUCUGCGAGGAAGACAUGUGGGCCGGCCUGUGGCAAAAGCAUGCGCACUACAAGGAGACGAGCAUCGCGAUCGCCUACGAGCAGCACGGCUUUUUCGAGCAGGCGCAGGCCGCCUACGAAACGGCGAUGGCCAAGCACAAGCAGGACCACAACGCGGGCCCGGUGCCCACGCACACCCAAAGAGAGAUACGCUUGUGGACGGAUCACUGGAUCAGGUGUGCCAAAGAGUUAAACCAAUGGGAAAUCCUGACAGAAUACGCUAAAAACGGCGCAUUCUACGACCCAUUUUUGCUACUAGAAAGUGCAUGGAGAAUCCCUGACUGGAACCUAAUGAAAGAAGCUCUCUCCAAUGUUGAGUAUUGCUGUCCAAAGGAACUAGGAUGGAAAAUUACUAUGUACGGUGGAUUUUUGUUGAUUUGUAAGCCAGAAGAGAGCAAACCACUGAAAUUUGUGGAACGUUACGUCGAAACAGCGAGCGCAUUUUGUUUGAACGAAUGGAGGAGGUUGCCACAUAUUGUUAGUCACAUACACUUGCCAUAUCUGCAGGCAGCACAGCAGAUCAUGGAACUGCAAGAAGCCUACCAAAUCCACAAAGGUCUGAAUCAGCUCCACCAGAACUCUGUGUACGACAUGAAGGCCAUAGUGAAGACGUGGAGGAACCGUUUGCCGGUCAUCGCCGACGAUUUGACCCAUUGGAACGACAUUUUCACUUGGCGACAGCAUCACUACAAAGUGGUGGCCAGUCACUUUGAACGCAUAACCGAAUCCAAUGCCGCCAAUUCGAUGUUGGUCGUGCAUGCGCUCGCCCAGUCCAUCAUCCACUUCGGCAAAGUCUCGCGCAAGCACAAACUCACCGGAGUUUGCCUGGAAACUUUAAAUCGCAUCUACACCAUACCCAGCGUGCCGAUCGUCGACUGCUUCCAGAAGGUGCGGCAGCAGGUCAAGUGCUACCUGCAGAUGGCCUCGAUGAACAACAAGAACGAGCUGCAGGAAGGUUUGGACGUCAUAAACCACACCAAGGUGCAGGCGUUCCUCAAAGAGAUGACCGCGGAGUUUUACGCCUUGAAGGGAAUGAUGUUGCACUUGAGCAAUAAAUCCGACGAAGCUAACAAAGCGUUCUCGGCCGCAGUUCAAAUGCACGACACCUCGAUCAAGGCGUGGGCCCUCUACGGCGACUAUCUCGAGCAAGUGUUCACCAGGGACCACAAACAAAUAAAUUUAGGGGUGAACGCGAUGGCGUGCUUUUUGCACGCUUGCCGUCACCAGAAAGAGUCGAAGGCAAGGAAAUAUCUCGCCAAGGUGUUGUGGCUGUUGAGCUACGACGAUGAAAAAUCAAGUUUAAUGGAAGCUUUGGACAAAUAUUCAGGUGGUGUUCCACCAAUUAUGUGGUUACCAUGGACCCCACAAUUACUUAACUGCCUUGUACAGUAUGAUGGUUGUGUGAUAAUGAAUCUUUUAAUGCAAGUUGGAAGAAUGUUUCCUCAAGCAGUAUAUUUCCCCAUCAGAACUUUGUAUCUAACACUAAGAACUGCAACUGCAAGAAACAAGACCAACCCUGUUGUACAACCUCAGUCGCAAGAAGGUCAAACCGAAACCACUCACGCACAAACCGCAACUGGGACGUCACAAGCCGAUACACCAACGGCUGCGACGGCGUCCACAGCGUCGUCGGCGUCGGACACCAUAAAGGCGACGCCGGAAAUGGUGCGAUGCUCCAAAAUCAUGAAAAUGCAGCGCGACAUACACACCACUGUUCUGUCGAGUUUGGAAGGAAUUGCAGUACAGAUGGAAUGGUUCAGGGAGACUUGGUAUGAAGAAGUUUUACGUCAAUUAAGGCAAGGUUUAACCAAAUGCUACGCAAUUGCGUUUGAAAAUAGGGAGUCUGUUAAAGAUGCAAAAAUAUCACCACACAUUCUUAAUUUUGUUAAGAAACUUAUGUCUACGUUUGGCAUUGGAGUCGAAAAUAUUUCAUCCUCUUCAAAUGUGACAUACUCUUCGGCAGCUUCGGAAAGUCUGGCGAGAAGAGCCGAAGCCACGUAUCAAGAUCCUGUCUUUAAAGAAAUAAAACAGGAAUUUACCAAAGAUUUCGAUUUUUCGCAGUCGAACUCUUGCAGGCUGCACACUCUUAUUUUUAAGCUUAAAAAAUGGAUCAAGAUCAUCGACAACCGGUCCAAAAUGUUGCUACAAUCGUUCCUUAUCGAGGAAAAAUGCCGCUUCCUCUCGAACUUCACUCUAAAAACAGCGGAAGUGGAACUUCCGGGAGAGUUCCUGCUCCCAAAGCAUAACCACUACUACGUGCGCAUAGCGAGGUUCAUGCCCCGAGUGGACGUCGUUCAAAAGCACAACGCGGCCGCGCGACGUCUUUACAUUCGCGGUCACAACGGCAAAAUCUACCCGUAUUUGGUGGUGAACGAUUCCGGUUUGGCCGACGCCCGGAGGGAGGAGAGGGUGCUCCAGUUGCUGAGGAUGCUGAAUCAUUGUUUGGGCAAACAGAAGGAAACCUCGAGAAGAUUUUUGCAUUACACCGUACCCAGAGUGGUUGCAGUUUCCCAACAAAUCCGAUUGGUUGAAGACAACCCAGCCUCAAUAUCUUUGUUGGACGUUUUCAAGAAGGGCUGCGCCAAACUAGGUAUCGAACAUGACGACCCCAUACAAUUCUACUACGAGCGUUUGGCGACAGUGCAAAGUAGGGGCAUCAAAGCGAGCCAUCAAGUGUACAGGGACAUCCUUAAAGGUGUGCAGUCCACCAUGGUACCCAGGACACUACUUAAACAAUGGGCCAUACAGACAUUCCCAUCGGCCACUGACUAUUGGCAGUUUAGGAAAAUGUUUACUCUCCAACUGGCUUUGGCAUGUUUUGCUGAAUAUGUUUUACACUUGACAAGACUGAAUCCAGAAAUGAUGUACCUGCAUCAAGAUUCCGGAAUGAUGAACGUAUCUUACUUUAAGUUCGACGUAGACGAUGGUGAAUUGGACACUACCAGGCCAGUACCAUUUAGACUGACUCCAAAUAUAAUUGAAUAUUUGUCCAGUAUUGGAAUAAGUGGGCCUUUGACAGCCUCAAUGAUUGCCACUGCAAGAUGUUUUGUAUAUCCAAACUUCAAGGUGCAGGCAAUUUUGAAACCAAUCCUGAGGGACGAAAUGAUCUUGUCCAGGAUGAAAAAACCCGAAAAUAUCGCAAGUUGUGAUAAAUUGACGGAUAGUGAGCAAAUUAUUAAUAUGGUGAAUAAAGCUGUGACUUCAAUUUCCAGUAGAUUGAACAGUUUGGCGCAUUUCGAUGGAGUUGACAGCAAGGUUGCAACCUUGGUCGCCGCGGCAAACAGUCACGACAAUUUAUGUAGGAUGGACCCAGCAUGGCACCCAUGGCUGUAAAUAAUUUAUUUUUAUACCUUUAGUUUAUUGUAAUCGAUAAUUUUAAGUUAAGUUUAACUCGAGUAUUAUUUUUGUAGUAAUUACCCUAUUUUUAAGGUAUAGUUUUGAGUCUCUCGUUUUGUAUGUAUUUUUUUAGCAAAAUAAAUGAAGUUUAAUGAA